CGUUUGCAGAGGGCCGUCUUUCCUUACUGUGAAACCAGGGAGGUUUUAAAGAGAAGGAUCUGUGGACUUGACGGUGGUUUUGUUGGGGCAGGAUGAAGCUGUGCGACAAAAGGUCUGUGCUGCUGGCCAUCACAGAAAAUAUCGAGAUGAGGCUUUUCUCCUCAGAGGAAGAACAUGUGGUCAUGACAACACAGGAGAAAAAGGAGGAAAACACCUUUGAACAGAGGUACAGGUAUCUGGAGCAUCCUCUGGCCCCCGACCCCCAGGAGGAUGAAGACCCUCCAGUCGAGCUGCAGCCAAGGCAGCAGGCAGUGCCCAGAACUAAACCCCCAGUCUGUGAGGACCCCCUUCACUGCUGCCCCAUCAGCGACGCAACAGACGAUACAGACAUCGAGAUGGAGUCUUUCCCACCCAUCAGACUUUCCGACAUUGAGCUGGUGGAGAUAAAAUCCAGCGAUCCUCCUGCUGCUUCCCUGCCAUCCCCCCAAAAAGCUCGUCACGUUAAAUGGAAGAAAUUGACUCCACAGAAGGUCAGACAUGUAGUUAAAGACGUGAUCUGUCUACCGAGAGAGCACUACGUCGCACAGCUGGAGGGAAUACAAAUAACUCCGCAUCAAGCUGCCCUGGCAGACAUGGGACUGACGGCUCGCAUCACGGUCGACUCCAGCUGGUCGGCUGAUCAGAUGGAGAGUCGCCUGGCGUUGCUUUUCCAUCGGCAGUUUGUAAGGAAGCCAGGACAAAGGUUCUCCUUCACAUAUCUGCAGAGUGUGCGGAGCUCCAAGGUGCUGUUUGUCCCUGAGACGCCUGCAGAGGGCUGGACCGGAGAGCAAGUACUCCGGAUGAGUGAGCACGGCGCUCUGUAUAUAUUCAGUCAUCACAACUAUGAACAGACACGAUCUGAAAGUCCACUGAGUGAAGCGGCUGUAUUGAACUGGAGAGAUUUAGGGGCAGAGUCCAGCAAAGUGGGUGAAAGUCCACGGGUUGGACAGAACCAGCCUCAUGUCUGCAGGGCUCCAGAGAAGCUCACACUCAACCUGGACACCAUUCUGAGAUUGUUCCGACUAGAAGUCCCAAACGGAGACACGGAAACGCACAUCAAGGUGAGCCGAGACGAGAUCCUCUCCGGCGCUCUGAAGGAGGUGAGGAAACCGGGAUUCUGCUUCAGGUCCAAGCCCGUUAUUUCCUUCAGUGAAGAUGAGAUGGGAAGCCACGAGGAUCCUACCAAAGAGUUCUUCAGGUUGACCCUCCUGGAGCUGCAGCAGAGCUGUGUUUUUGAGGGUCGUCCAGAACGUUUGUUUUUGACCUAUGACCUCACAGCGCUUGACGACAGGAUGUAUUACGAAGCGGGCGUUCUGAUUGGCUGGUCACUGGCUCACGGAGGACCAGGGCCGUGCUUUCUACACCCUGCACUCUACCAGCUGAUGUGUUGUCAAAGUCCAUCUUUUGAGGACUUUAACUGGAGGGACAUCGUUGACCCUGAAGCACAACGCCGACUGCAAGAGCUGCACAGUUGCAGCGAUGUGAAGCAGUUCUCUCCCGGUCUGUGUGACUGGGUGUCAUCCUGUGGAAUCCAUGGCAUCCAUUCAGCUUGUUCCAAUGAGAUACCGGCCAUCUAUGCCCGCCUGGUAAAACACUACAUCUACCACAGGGUGGCCAGCAUGAUCUCCCAGUUUAUUGAGGGGUUAAACAGCUGCGGGGGACUGUGGGACCUGGUAAAGACGCACUGGGAGACGUUUCUGCCCGUAAUGACGAGUAAAGAGCAGCGAGCUGUGAGCCUGGAGGAGUUCAAGCAGCUCUUCACCUUCUGCUUCAGCGAUCCAGACUCUGGGCUAAGGGCGGCUGAGGAGGCCACGGCGGCUCACUGGGAAACAGUCCUCACCAUGGUCAGCGAUGGCGAGGCAUAUUUUUCCUUUGAAGACCUCCUCCUCUUCAUCACAGGAGUGGAUCACCUGCCUCCACUGGGUUUCCCUAACCUGAUCUCUCUGCGUUUUUACUCACAGGACACGAGCUCAUUGGACAGGAAUCUGCCCCACGCUUUCCAGGAAUCUUUGGAUCUCUUUCUGCCGAGGGGAAUUCCAGAGGCCUUGGACCUGUUGGUGCUGUUGAACAGGGCUUUACACAGAGCUCUGGAGCAAAGACUUUUCCAGCAGAUGGAGAUGGAAUCGUUCCUGAAGUUGUGACAUGAUUUAUAAAAGAGAAGACCUAAACAGUUAUUUUACUGCAUGCAUGUGGCUUACAGGGAGUGUCUGCUCAACAUUGGGAGUUUUAUGAUUUAAUACAUUAUUAUAACAGCUGUUUCCAUUAUUUAAUUAGUCUUAUGUGAUAAUUUCUUUUAAAAUCUUAAGAAUUUCUGUUGUUCAAUAUGAGAUGUUGGAUUUUACUGAGAAAUUGACAAAGUGCCCUAUUGCUGUUUUUUUAUGUUUUGGGUUUUAUCCAUUUGGAUUCCCUGGUGUUUUAACCAACCAUAGAUGAGAAUUCCAGUCAUGCAUCUCCAAAAUAAAUUACAGUCAAGUCAUUUAUGUACAACAUCAAUCUCAAAAUGUACAGUAAUACACAUUUCACAAAACUGUCACAAGACCAUUUGAAAAUGGUUUAGUGACAGUUUUAUGCUUUUAUUUUGUUUUUCAUUUUUGUUUUUAACUUCAUUAAAUGUACAUUUAAUGAUAUACUUGUAUUAAUGUCAAAGUUUCAGACAUGCAUUAAAGUAAAAUUAAGGUAAAUUAAUUAGCAGUUUGUACAAAUAUUUUAUCAUAUCUUACAAAUGAACGUCACAGCACUUGAGAAUGUUGGAAAUACAUUUUGGGUCAAGUUUG